AUGACGUCGCCUGCGAACCAGCAGACUCCGAUCCCGGCGACCACCACCAACGCUCCUACGGCAACUUCAUAUGCCUCCGCAGCAGGUGCGCCAAAGAAGUCCGCCCAGGCGCCUGUAGUUGCGCCCUCGUCCAACGCCCCUCUGGUCGUUGGCUCCUCUGCCCAGCCGGCACAGAAUGCCAAGGCAGCCUCAUCGCCUUCUCCAGUAAACGGCAAACAGGCCGUUCCUCCCGCAGUCCCGGCCGUCGCCCGCGGCUCCUUCAACGGCUCCGGCCCCGAUCACUUUCGAAAAGGCUCCGUCACCAUGGCUGCCAACGGCCCUAGCGGCUACGUCGCCAAUGGUGGCUCCAUUGGCGGUGCCAAGUCUGGAAUCCAGUUUGGCUACGACUCGCCCGCCAUGGGACACAGCACUCCUCAGGUCGGCCACUCUGCUCCCAUCCCGGUCCCCGAUGCGAACAACAAUCACCGAGUGCCUUCUCCCGCCCACUCUCCUGCUCCCAUCCCGCAGCCCUCUGCUAGCGGUGGCCGACCUCCGUCGAGCUUGCAGCAGCCAACGAACCAAAUGACCUUUGGCAGCCUUGGUAGCGACGGCGAUCGCCACAUGAGACAAGGCUCUGUGCCUCCCAACUCGACCCUGGGAUCUCAGGGCACACACUUCCGCCGCGAGUCGAGCCAUUCCGUGCAGAGCGACAGCAGCCGUGGCAACUUUGGCCCUCAGAACAACCGACCGAACCGGGGCUCUUUCAACCCCCAUGCCACUCAGUUCAACAACCAGAUGGGAUACCCUCCCAACAACCAGUUUCGACCUCCGGGCCAAAACCGCGGCAUGCCUCCUCCUUUCCAGCCCGGCAUGACUCGACCCUACCCGAACUCGCCUCAACCUGCCCGGAGCCCUGCUCUGGCUACCCUCAACCCUUCGCUCCCCGGCACGCCGAACAUGCCCCCCGCGACGAUGCAGCCCAACAUGGCCAUGCAGAAUCCUCCCACAUAUCACUAUCCGCCACCGAUGGCGGCUCCUCAUCAGCCACAAGUACAGUACCCCCUUCCUGCAGUAGUCAACAAAGUGAAUUUAAAGCCCAGUUGCAAAAAGACAAAGGGCCGUCGUGAGCGCGACGGGCCUCUUCAACCGGGACGCCCCUUGAAUUCCGCGCGCGAGCCAUGUACCAGCGACGUUUUGCAGCAGCCGCAACCGCAACCGCAGCAGCAGCAGCAGCCGCAGCAACGCCGUUUUGGUGGCAAUGGCCAGCGUGCAGAUCCAAUGUGGCGUCACGACAAGAACAACAUGCGUCCGGUUUCUAGUGGAAUUCCAAAGGACUGCCCUCCUCCCUCUAUCCCCGUUGUCAACCCCCCAAGCCACCCAACCUCGCUUGACCUUUCUCCUGAAAACGGAGGAUUUGAACUCUGGCUAACAUGGAAGAAUCAGACUUUCGGUUUCCCCCCUCAGCAGAUGAGCCAGUAUGGCCAGCCCAUGCCAUACUAUCCUAGCGGGAUACCAUACAUGGGCCCUCAGCCAAACUCUCAAACUUACAACCCGCAGUUUGCCCCCCCUACUUACCACCAGCAGAGCCACAGCAUGUCCCGAUCGCCCUCACAGCCUGAGCGGCCGGUCAGCGCCAGCCAGCCCAGCCAGCCCGCCAUUGUCACAUCAAACCCCGCAGUCGUGAACUCCCAGCCAAAGCCCCAAUCCUUUAUCAAGCCCAGGAAGAGUGCCGCGGUUCAAAUUAAGAAUCCUGCUGGCGAGGUUGUCGAUACUUCCACUUUCAAGCAGCCGGCGUCUCCUGUGCCCAGCACUCAUCAGACCAAGACUCCUCCUGUUGUCGCAACGUCCACUCCUCCUCAACAGAAACUCGACACGCCCACUCACGCCCGCACAGACAGCCAAUCGCCGUCAAAGACGGCCAAGGAGAUUCAGGACGAGUUGAAGGCCAAGAUCCAGGCUGAGAUCAGGGCUGCUGCUAAGGCCGCUGCCGCCAAUGAUACCAAGCCCAAGGAAGAGGAGAAGAAGGAAGUGGCAGAGGAGCCAAAGGCCGAGGUCAAGCCCGAAGUCAAGCCCGAAGUCAAGCCCGAGGUCAAGGCCCAGCCCGAGGUGGCACCCGAAGUCAAGCCUGAGGAGAAGAAGGCAGAGCCUGCCGAAACCAAGGUGGAGGCCAAGCCUGAGCCUCAACCGGAGGCUCCCGCCAAGGUCGAGACGCCAGCCCCUGAGAAGCCUGCCGAGGUUGCCAAGACUGAGGAGGCCCCGAAAGCAGAGGAGCCGGCCAAGACUGCCCAGGAGACUGAAGAUGAAGAGCUUGAGCGAAUCAUCCGGGAGAUGGAGGAAGCGGAUGCCAAGCGUGAGGCAGAGCAAGAAGAGCGCCGCAAGAAGAGAGAGGCUGAGAAGGCCGCACAAAAGGCGGCUGAGGAAGCAAACAAAAAGACGAAUGCCGAAGAAGCAGACCGCAAGCUGCGCGAGCAGGAGCGCGAGAUGGAGAGACUCGAAGAAGAGAAGGAGAAGCGACGAGAAGCCGCCGAGUCCACCGGAAAGUCUCUCUCCGUUGCUGAAGCUCUUGCUCAGAUGCGUGAUGGUGGUGAUGGCCAGGGCAAGAAGGAUGAGCCUGCUGACUCUGUUGCCGAUAAGCUCGCCGACAUGAGCAUUGGCGACAAGUCUGCCGAUGCUGCCGGCCAAAAGGAAAAGCGAGUUGCCAAGCCCGCCGCUCUUAACCUGGCUCCUAUCAAGACCAGCGCCGUGGAGCCACCUCAGCCCAGCGCUGCUCUCCAGUCCUUGAAGUCGGCUCGCUUCCUCCAGGUCAUGGAUCAGAACAUUUACCCCGAAGGCAUCAAGUCUCCUAACCCGGCCCUCAACGCCGCCGUUGCGAAGAAGGGCAAGACAUUCAAGUACGACGCUGCCUUCUUGCUCCAGUUCCAGAAGGUCUUCACUGAGCAGCCCUCGCUUCAGUUCGGACAGCAGAUUAAGCAGCUGAUUGGGGAUGGUGAUGGCAACCGAUCUGCAUCUCGGGGCCAGACCCCCAGCUCUGCCAGGCAGGGAUCCCGCGGCGGAGGCGGUUUCCCCGGCGGCACGUUUGGCGUUCCCACCGGACGUACUCUGCCUCCAGGAACCACAUCUGCCGACCGCAUGGCCAUUGCCAGUGGCACUCUGCCGCGGCCCCAGGUCAACCCGAUGGCGUCCUUCCAGCGUCCCGGCGCCGCUUUCCCCGGAUCCUCUUCCAUGUCCCGCACUUCUUCCCAGAACAUGCGCAACAUGCCCAACUCCCCGCGCCAGUCCAGCAGAUCCACUCGUGGUAGCCGACGCAACGACCUUGCUGCCAAGGAAGCACAGGCUGCUAAGACCAUGCCUCUUACUGCCGGCAUAGAGGUCAAGCCUAUUUCCGUUUCAUCUACUGGCUGGAAGGCUAGCAGUCUUAGCAAGGCUCCUACCGCCGCUCCUCAGCCUGGCUCUGGCCAGCUCCUGGACCCCGAAACGGUUCAGCGAAAGGUCAAGGCUGCUCUCAACAAGAUGACGCCAGAGAAGUUCGACCGCAUUGCGGACCAGAUCCUCGUCAUUGCCUCACAGUCAAAGGAUGAGUCCGAUGGACGCACGCUGCGCCAGGUCAUCCAGCUCACCUUUGAGAAGGCCACCGACGAAGCCCACUGGGCUUCCAUGUACGCCAAGUUCUGCAAGCGCAUGCUUGAGACUAUGAGCCCUGAUAUUCGCGAUGAGAACAUCAAGGACAAGAAUGGCAACGUCGUCAGCGGUGGUAACCUCUUCCGCAAGUAUCUCUUGAACCGAUGCCAGGAGGAGUUUGAACGUGGCUGGACGUCCAACCUGCCCGAGGCCCCCGAAGAAGAGGCCGACAAGAAGCUUGGAGAGACUGCUAUGCUGUCUGAUGAGUACUACGCCGCCGCCGCCGCCAAGCGACGAGGCCUCGGUCUCGUUCAGUUCAUUGGAGAGCUGUUCAAGCUGGGCAUGCUUACUGAGCGUAUCAUGCACGAGUGUGUACACAAGCUCGUCGAUUAUAAGGGAAUACCCGACGAGGCCGAGAUCGAGUCACUUUGCAAGCUGCUUCGCACUAUUGGUGCCAACCUCGACGAGACCGACAAGGGCCGUCCCAUGAUGGACAUUUACUUCCAGCGUAUUCAGGGAAUGGCUGAUCUACCCGAGCUACAGAGCCGUAUGAAGUUCAUGCUCAUGGAUGUCAUUGAUCUGCGAAGAGCGCGCUGGGUGUCCAAGGAGGCCAACAAGGGCCCCAAGACCUUGGACGAGGUUCGCGCGGAAGCCGAAGCUGCACAAGCCGCCAAGGCUCAGGAAGCGGCACGAACCAGCCAGCGAGGUGGCCCCGGCGGUGGCCGCCCUCCUGUUGGCCGUGGCGAUGCUCGAAACUUCUCUGGAAACUUCAGCCAGCCGGUCAGCAACCAAGUUGGCAUGGACGAUCUCAGACGCCUGAAGGGCUCGUCUGUCAACCGAACCUCGAGCUCAAAUGUCACCCUGGGCCCCGCAUCCAUGCUGUCCUCUCGUAGCAACAGCGGACGACGAUUCGGACCAGGUGGCGCUCUUGGUCGUCCUGGCGAUGACUCCAACGGCUCGUCCCGCGCUGGAACUCCUGGCCCAACAAGCUCUAAUGCUUUCAGCUUGCUAGCCACUAUGGAUAAUGACCACCCGGCCUCCCCUCCGUCUGCUGGACCCUCGCCUCUCAUGUCAAAGGCAGUCCCUGCCAGUGACAAGAAGGACAAUGAAUAA